AUGUUCGCCUGGUGGUACUCCCCGGCUUCUGCGGAUGCAGUCUCUUGGUGGCCGUGGUCGCCACUGCAGUGGUGCUGCCAGGUUGAUGCGGACCGCAGUUCUGAGAUGGAAAUCUCGCCGUCAGAGGGCGACCACUGCGCUUCAACUACCAAGAAUAGUGCCCGACCGGUGCAACUGCCGCGUGCCGCCGACGACCAGCAAGUUGAGGGUUCGGAGGAGGAAAGUCCUGCGAAGCGAUUUGCAGAAUACGAGGGCGCAGCGAACGGUGUCUUUCACGAGUUGGUGCCGGAGUUUGCGCUUUUGCUCUCCGUACAAGAGUUUGCCCAGCUUCGCGCAACAUGCCAGCAAGUCCCAUCCAAGGCCUUCCUCCAUUUGUUGCAUCUGCCUGACCGGAGGCAAGAGUUGAUCGGGAAAGUGAAGAAAACUCGCUCCGUGGAACAAUGGUCAGAAAUUGCAAGCCGCUUCUCGGAAAGGGUGUGGGUCCCAGUCACACGAACGGAAAGCUGCCAGCCACCAUCAAUGUUUCAGCUUUGUGGAUAUUGCUGCCCUCUUCCUGGAACUGAUCAUGAUCAUGUCACCGUCGACCGAAUCUUGUUCGUCGACCGACAACAUCGCAAACCAACUACGUACAACGCAGGCCAGCGUUGA